AUGAACCAUGUCAAAUAUUUCAACAACAAAAACGCAUCAGCACACAAGCUAUCAAAUGUGAGCUAUAUGCAGAAACACACUUGCCAAGUCUUCACAGCUCUUGCUGUCCCACUUGAGAAGCUGGAGAACUUCAUGUCCUCUUCGCCGGACCAUUGUAGCUCUGCACACAACCUUCACACCCUUGCUCUGCGUAUUUCAAUAAUCUACAUCCAUGCCUGUAAGCAUUUCAAGCGUGCUACAAUCGCUAGAAACUCUGUUUCUGGUCUCUAA